UGCAAAUAUGAGCGUUUGGGGAAUAUCGGGCCACAUAGUUUUUUACAUUUGACAUGCUAACUUCAUAUAUUUGACGUGUAUAAGUGAUUUUUCGUGCAGAAUUUCAAACACACAAUAGUUUUUCAACAUUUCCUGAUAGUUUCGUGCUCCGAAAAAAUUUUUUUUUCGACAACAUUUUGGAGGCGAUCAAGUCGGUGAAAAUACAUCACAACAGCGUUCGACAAUCUGCGACGGCACACAAAAUUCCGAGGACCAACCUGAUGCGUUAUAUUGCAGCAUUUGAUGGUGCGAGCAUCGACGUUACUACUGCCAAUGCCGAUGUAAUGAAGAAUUUGCUGGCUGAAAGCACGACGAUGGGCACAAAAACAAUCUUCAACAUCGAACAAGAGAAGGCGCUGAUAAGCUACAUUCUCCAGGCCAGCGACAUCAACUAUGGAAUUAGUUUGAUGGAGCUUCAUAAGCUCGCGCAUGAAGUGAAGCAUGAUGCAUGGAAAAAGUCCAACAUUGGUGUCACUUUCGAUCUGCAUCAUGUGCCGCUCCUUGUCGAUCAGUGCCUCGAUGUUAUGUUAACGCCGAAAACCAUCAAAUCCGGCUUCCGAACAACUGGCAUCUACCCGUUCAACCCGCAAAUUUUCACUGAAGUUGACUUUGUCGCUUCGGAACUGAGCGGCGAAAAUUUGUUCGGUGACGAAGAGAAAGACGCCGACAAUCAACGUCGAGUUCUUGCCUCUGGUGAUGCCAUUGUGACUGCUGCGAUUGAGGAGGUGUCAACGUCGGAGGCAUCGACAAGUGCCCCAGCUUGAACAAGUGGUGCUGCAUCAUCGUCGUUGUCUCUUGUUUCGGCUCCACAGCUCCGUGAUGCAUUGAAAUUUGUUGGCCCGUUGAAAUUGGGCACACCUGCGCCGAAAUCAAAACGUGGCCGCAAGACAAUGGAGUCAACGAUUUUGACAUCGCCUGAGGUUGUCGCAGAUCUGCGUGACAAGGCCGAAAAAAGCGGCAAAAAUUGACGAAGGCAGCCGAUGAACCAGCAGCCAAGAAGCAAAAAGGCCGUGGCAAAUCGAAGACGCCACGGAAGAGAAGCCCGUCUCCGUCCGAAACCGACAUCGAAGAGGACUUCGAUUUUUGCACGAUUUGCAAGAAAAAGAUGCCGAAGCACGAGAAUCGUCAAAACACGGCCCAUUGCAUCGUUUGUGAUCGAGGGGUUCACUUGAAAUGUGCCGGACCGAACCCGAACACUUACACCUGCAUCCACUGCGAGUCGGAAUAAUUUUUUUCGCCAAUUCCUAUUUUUCUUAUUAUUUAUGAAUCUCUCUUUCAUUUCCAUUGAUAAAUAAACGUUUUUCAUCGGUAACAAUCAUGUUUUAAUCGAUUUACAAAAAUAACUUUUAUGUGACUUUUUAACCGAAAUCAAAACGUGGCCCAACAUUCCCCUAAUUCAAAUGACAAUAAUUAUAAUCUUACUGAAUGUGACAAUGUGGUUGAAAUUAACAAUGAAAAUUCUUGAACUGAAAAUGUGAAUGAAAGUAGUUUGGUAGUUGACUUAAAACAAUGGGCAGUGAAAAAUAACGUAACUCGUGUGGCUUUUGAUGGUUUAUUGAAACUUUUAAAUAAAUGGCAUUUAAAUGUCCCAACUUGCGCAGAGUCUCUGAUUAUUAGGCAGGAUUCAAUUAUAAGAAGUGUUUCGCCUGGAACAUAUUUGCAUUUAGGAGUCGAAAAAACUGCGUAGAAUAAGUGACAUUAUAAAACAAAUGGAAAUUGUAAUGUUAGAUAUCGGUAUUGACCGUCUUCCACUAAAUAAGAGCUCACAGCAAACGUUAUGGCCUAUUAUGGGAAAGCUUUUUCCACAAUUAAAUACUGAUGUAUUGUUAUUUGGCGUUUAUUUAGGCACAAAAAACCAUCCAGCGUGAAUAGUUAUUUACAGGAAUUUGCGUCUGAAAUAUCCAAUUUACUUAAAAAUGGUAUAAACAUAAGAGGAAAGGUAUUUCAAAUCAAAAUCAAAGCGUUCUUAUGUGAUUCACCCGCAAAGGCAUUUUUAUGUCAGACUAUGGGACAUAAUGCAUUAGAAGGUUGUACUAGAUGUUGCCAGCAAGGAGAACGCAUAAACAACAGAACAGUUUACAGCACAUCAAAGGCAUUGUCACGCACUGCCGAAGGAUUUUCAUUACGAACAAGUGAAAAUUAUCACAAAAUUUCAACGGAUGCAAGGUCUGUUUUAGAGGAAAUGGAUACAAAAAUGGUGACACAGUUCCCACUAGAUGCACUGCACUUGAUUGAUUUGGGUGUGGUGGUUUGAUUGUGGUUUAAAAUCAAUUUUAAAAAAUUGAACAAUGAAAACAAAGAGAACUUGUCCAAAAAACUUGUAUCUUUAAAAGACUUCGUUCCUAAAGAAUUUUCUCGAAUACCAAGAGAUUUUGAAGAAAUUAAACGGUGGAAAGGUGUAGAGUUCCGACAGUUUAUACUCUACACAUGCAUUUUUGUCUUAAAAGAUUAUAUUGACGAAAACGUGUAUGAUCAUUUCCUUUUACUUCAUUCCGCAUAUAGGAUUCUUCUAACUGAAAAAAGUAUGUAUCAAAUAUCAAAGUUGUUCAAGAUAUUUUAGAAUAUUUUGUUACACUUUUUCCCGUAAUUUAUAAUACAGAGCAAGUGUCUUUCAAUGUACACUCUCUUCUGCAUUUGACAGAAUGUGUUGAGGAAAUAGGAUUUUUAGACUCGUUUACAUCGUAUAAUUUUGAAAACUACAUGCAAAAGAUUAAAAAGUACGUCAAAAAGCCAACGAACAUUUUAGAGCAAAUAAAAAACAAAGAUCAAAACUGUGAACUUAUUAGGAAAAAUAAAUUUAGUGGUUCAAAAAUUAAUAGAUUUGGUGACAUUACAUCUUUUGUUUCUAAUUGUACCACUCUAAAAGCCAAACCACCUGACAAUAUUUGUUUUGAACUGCACUCCACUGCAAACGAAGAAACGUUUAAUAUAAAGCAGGUUAACUACAAACUUUUUUACUUUCCAAUUAAUGCCAACGAAUAUUCAUUCAUUCCUAUACUGCAUUCAAUUUAAGUAAAAGUCGAUACACAAAGAUGUCACAAAACUUAUUUAUUUCAACUCCGGUAUUCAGAUGCAAUGCUACAUUAAGCGAUGAAAACAUUAGUCCAGAGCAGGCAAAAUCUAUUGCAGCCUUAAUAAGCAGCCAGGCACAGAACAAUUUGCUGAUAAAGUAAGUGCUUAAUAAAGUGGAGAAGAAAACAAGAUUCCCAGUUUGCGACGUAAUGCAACUCACGGAAAUUGAAGAUGAUGUUUCCAAAAAUAAAGAUAUAUACGUAAGUCUAAAGUCUUACCAACAUAUAAAUCGGUGUAUCAGGUGUCUAUUAUAAAAAAUAUUAUUGGAUCAAUUGGAGUUACAAAGGGAAUGAAAAAAAUUCUCAGCGAUAGCGUCAUGGUGCAGUUAAAUUAUGAUGGACUACAAGACAAGGUGGCAUUCAAGAAGUUUGAGUGCCUAAA